AUGCAUUCUAUCAUUAGUUUCGCUAUAUACUCAACACUCAAUACAGCACUGUUCUCUCACGGUAUAACAGGCACUAUAGACUCACGAACUGGGACUACCGACUACAAGAACGUUAACGCUCUCUGCCUAGCUGACCUCUAUCUCAUCACAGUCAUUACUAGUACACUUAUCAUUCAGAUCUCCCGACAAACCACCAUCUGUAUUAAUACUGUAGCAAUGGCCGACACAUCCUCAUCGUAUACUUCCAACUUUUCAAUCGCCAGACGCAUCCCAACGACGACGUUUGACUCAAUUCUCCCGAGCGAUAAAAUGUCAACUUGGCAUGAGGAGGAUGCGAAAGCAAAGUCAAAGCGUUCUUCGGCAGAGCUGGCAGCUAAAGCCAAGACUACCGUUCGUAGCACUCUGAAGUCGGCCUCUCACAAGGCCGAUCAAAUAAAGAAAGUGGUUGACAAGGCAAAGGCGAAGCGGGAUACAGAUAAGCAAAUUAGGAAGGCUGAAAAGGAGAACCAGCAGGCAACACGAUGA